ACUAGACAAACACAUCUCGACGAGGAAACAACACCGGACGCUUCCAUGACGUUUAUUUUCCAGUGUAAACAUCAGUGGUAGUUGCACAGAUGCAGGGACAACAUAGCUCUACUGGAAUAAAGGCUGUAGUGAAGGAAAAGGAUGUUCAGGACAUUUAAGUGAGUCACUGUUCCCAUCUCGAAGAGCUGGAAUGGCUUACUCACAGAUCCGCCUGAAAAUACUCCCCAGUGUUCGAUGUCUCUUCGAUAAACUGGUGCAGGUAAAAGUAGAGGGGCUUGCUCCUCACAAACCAAUUGAACUGAGGUCCAAACUGGUUGAUGACAGAGGGGUGAUUUUCAAGGCUUCUGCCCUGUACAAAGCAGAUGAAACUGGGCAGGUGGAUGUCUGCCGUGCACCCUCUUUGGGAGGAAGUUUCACCGGAGUGGAACCCAUGGGUUUGUUUUGGGCUAUGGCACCAGAGACUCCACACAGUAAAUUCCUGAAGAAGAAUGUUCUCAGCCCAACACUGGUGGAGAUAAAAGCACUGAGUGGAGAGAGUGGUGAGCUCCUAGCCUCUGAAACCAACGAGAGAACAUACCUGACAGAGGGGAUGAAGAGAAUACCUGUGCAAGAGGGAAGGAUACGAGGAGUCCUCUUCGUACCACCAGGAAAGGGUCCAUUCCCAGGAAUAGUGGAUCUCUACACUUUGGGUGGAGGUCUUACCGAGCCCAGAGCCAGCCUUCUGGCAAAUAAAGGUUAUGUUGUUCUGGCACUGGCCUAUUAUGGCUACCAGGGUUUACCAAAAAACCCUAAAACGUUGGAUUUGGAGUACUUUGAAGAGGCUGUAAACUAUCUGAGGAGACAGCCAGAGGUAAAAGGUCCUGGGAUUGGCAUCAUAUCAAUCUCUCACAGUGGUGGUUUGGCUUUGUCGAUGUCAUCUUUCCUCUCUGGGAUCUCUGCGACCGUCUGUAUUAAUGGCUGCAUUGCAAAUACUGUGAUUCCCUUACACUACAAAGAUAUUGUUAUACCUCCACUUUCCCCUGUGCUAGAAAAUAUCAAAAUCACAGACUCUGGGCUUGUAGAUAUACGCAAUGCCUUACCAGACCCUACAUUAGAAAAAAACAGGGCGUCAUUGUUCCCACUAGAACGUGCCAGUUGCCAGUUCCUGUUUGCUGUUUCUGAAGAUGACCACAACUGGAACAGUUCUCUUUUUGCCGAGCGAGCUGCUGAAAUCCUGAGAAGUCAUGGCAAAGAGUCUUUUCAGGUGUUAACGUACCCCAAAGCUGGACACUUCUUGGAAGUCCCUCACAUGCCUUUUUGUCCGUCUGCGUUUCAUGCAGCAGUGGGGCAUGACGUGGUGUUUGGUGGGGAGCCAAAGGCCCACUCUGAGGCUCAGCUGGACUUGUGGGAAAGAGUCCAGGCAUUUUUCAAGAGCCACUUGGACAGCAAGAGCACUUGAUAACAAGCAAGGCUGAAUGAAGUGCAUUAAGAAUGCCAGAACGGCCAUCCAUAGCUAUGCGUAGCCUUGUGUUUAGUUUCGAUAAUGCAUGAAAUUGUUAUUAAAUUAUAUAGUAUUAGCAUUUUCCCUGUUGAAGCUUUGAUUUAAUCACAUUUCUAGACCUCUUACAAACUCAGCAUGCCAUAAUUGUAACUGGAAUUUUCCCUAAAAAGGAGGUAUGAAUCCAGAUUUCAUUAUUUUUCACAGUAGAUAUUUUGACUUUUUGUCAGUGAGCGAACAUGCUGCACAAUACCAGGACCCCUGCUGUGAAAACCGACCUGUUUAUCGCAGAUUCCAAAAUACAACGUCUCAGCCUGAGUAACACAAUGUGUCGUUUGAAUCAAUCACUAAUCAUCUGUGAUGAAUUAAGCUUAGUAUAACACUCCUGGUUUGUGUGUCAAAUGCAGUAUUUUCACCCCGAAUUUCCCGUAUUGGUGAUUAAAGUAAAAAUAUUCUUUAGUGGUAUGAUAAUAUUAUCAUAUUGUGUUACCAUUUUACAGUUUUAUUAACAAAAUUAGUUAUUAGCUCAUACUCAGGAUAACACGCCAUGGCAUUGAAUAUUAAUAUGAUUGUUUUCUGUGUGAUUCUACAUAGGAUCAUGAUUUAAAGUGAUAACAGAAAAAUAUUAAUAAAAGUAGA